UUAUGUUAAAUAGCGAAAGUUUAAAACACGUGUUAUUGUUUAUAGUUUGAAAAGGAGUUAACAGAAAGUAUUUACAAUUUUAUUUGAGUUCCAAUCUCUUCUUAGAGGCUCAUAACCUCCAGAAAUGGCUGAGUUUGUUCAACAGAACAUCGAAGGGAUGAUUCCCGAGUUGGAGCAGAUGGAACGAGUUGGUCUGUUUACAGCGGCAGAGUCUAGACAAAUACUCAAGAAAAGAAAAGGCUUUGAAUACAAACUGCAAAGAAAAACUAAGAAAAAACAUGACCUCUUGCAAUACAUCCAGUAUGAAACAAAUGUUCUGGCACUACUGAAGAAACGACGACAGAAAAUUGGGUACUCCUUUAAGAAGUUGGAGAUUGACAAUGCCAUAUCCCAAAGAAUACACAAACUGUUUAGGUUGGCUACCUACAGGUUUCAGGAGGAUGUGAAACUGUGGCUGUCUCAUAUUCACUUUUCCAAAACAAGGAAAGAGAAAACCACAGUCAGUAAGCUGUUUACCCGAAUGUUGCAGGUCCACAACAGGAAGUCAGAUCUGUGGAUCAGCGCAGCUAAAUGGGAGUUCGAAGAGAACAUGAAUCAUGAGAAUGCCCGCCAUAUGCUCCAGAAGGGUCUUAGGUUCAACCCUUCCUCCAAACAGCUCUGGCUAGAGUAUUACCGGAUGGAACUGUUAUUUGCAGAAAAG